AUGUUACUCAACCAAGAUAGAGACUCUGCCUCCGGCGCCGAGACACUGGCUGAUAUCGAAAACCAAACCCAACAGAUCCCACCGGAAAAGACACCGGCUCACGAUGAACCACCAGACGGAGGAUUUAAUGCUUGGCUGCAAGCUCUUCUAGCCCACAUCGUAUUCUUCAACACCUGGGGCGUGGCAAACGGCUUCGGAAUCUUCCAACAAUACUACACCCAAACUCUCGGCGAAGAUCAGUCCACCAUAUCCUGGAUAGGGAGUGUCCAAGUCUUCUUUCUAUUCUCAGUAGGAGUAAUAGCUGGUAGACUGACGGAUGUCGGUUACUUUCGGAUCGUCUUCCCACUCGGUGUCUUCUUACAGGUUCUUGGACUCUUCAUGACUUCGUUAUGCACGACGUUCUGGCAGAUAUUCCUCGCUCAAGCUGUAUGCCUCGGGAUAGGUAACGGGUUUACAUUCUGUCCGGCUCUAGCUGUUUUGUCACAGUACUUCAAGAAGUAUAGGGCUUUUGCUGUUGGACUGGCGGCCGCUGGUGCAGCUGUUGGUGGCUUAGUUUAUCCAGUCUUGAUUAACUGGCUCAUCUUCCACGAUAAUGUAGGCUUCCCCUGGACUCUCAGAAGCAUGGGCUUCAUCAUGCUUGCUACAUAUAUCCCCUGCCUUUUAUGGCUCAAACCUCGACUACCACCUCAUCCCAGUGGUCCAUGGAUCGAUAUCACAGCUUUUAAGGAACUGCCCUUCAUCUUCUUUACCAUGAGCAUGUUUCUCAACUUCUGGGGUCUCUACUUUGCCUUCUUCUAUCUCGGAACCUUUGCUCGCGAUCAAGCGGGCAUCUCCGAGCCCAUCUAUCUACUGAUGAUACUAAACGGCGUUGGGAUAUUUGGCCGUAUCAUGCCAAACAUUGUCGCCGAUAAGUGGACAGGACCCCUCAACAUACUCAUCCCCCUGAGCAUAGCUUCUAGUCUGUUGGUAUACUGUUGGGCGACUAUAGAGACUGCAGUCGGCCUUUAUGUGUUCGCUGUAAUAUACGGUUUCAUUGCUGCAGCAUUGCAAGCUCUGUUUCCAGCUGUCGCAACACAAAUGGCACCUGAUCCAAGAAAGACUGGGACAAGAGUUGGAAUGAUACUGGGUAUUGUCAGUAUUGCAAAUCUGACUGGCCCUUUUAUCUGUGGUGAGCUGAUCAAAGCUGGUAACGGUAGUUACCUUGGACCUCAGAUGUUUGCUGGCUCUUCAAUAUUUCUAGGUGCUCUUAUGGCAGUGGCAUCUCGGAUGGCCAAGACCGGUCUUGUGUUCAAGGUCAAAUCAUAGAUAGAAAGGUCACACAUGUAUAUGAUACAUAAACUUUGAAAGAUGUAACGCCAUUCUUUAUAAAA